CCUAGCUUCUUCUUCCUCCUCCUUCAAUCUGGUGUUUUGCGGACCUGUCAUUCGCAUUCCCGGCGCUUAAACACGUUUCAUCAACAUAUUGCCUGCGUCUCUACAUCGAUUAUCAUUGGUUACAUCCUUUUAGAGGCCGCUUUCCUUGGUCUCCAUCUCUUGCCGGUCUCGUGCCCCGACCUUUGCACACCCAAGGAGCUGGCUGCAUCCGCGCGUUUGAACAGUUCAAACACUCCUGUCCUAAUCCUACAUCCCGAUUGAUUCCAGCCACUCAACCCAGACUUGAAACUAUGGGCACCUCCGACUACUCAAAUCCAGAAUCUCUGGAUGUCCUGGCGACGACGGUGAAUCAAACGAUGGUUGAAACCGGGCGAUUCUUCAAAUCGAAAGGUUCGUCGCAAAAUAGCGCCCAGUUGAAACGGGCCGUUCCUGUUGCGCAGGAGCAGUUUCAAUCCGCGCUUGACAGCCUGUCUGAACAAAUAUUUAUCGCAAAAGCUUUCCUCGAGAGGGACUACGAUAUAGUCAAGGCUAGAAAGGCUGCCUUACGACCCGCCGAAGAUGUUGCUAUGAAUGAACCAAUCGUCAAGCAAGAGCCAGAGGUUACGCUGCAGUCUCGGGAAUCUGCUGAGGAUGCAAACCAGACUGAAACCAAAUCAGCGCAGGACGGCGCUUCGUCGCAGCCACCGUCAAACGCGGAAGUUCCUCAGCCAGCGCCAACUCAAACGCCGGUCAAAACAGAGAAGCCGGACGAGCCGAAGGCUGCUGCUCCAGACCAAAGUCUCUCCGGGCCGACGGAUAUCAAUUUCGAUUCCGUGCUCAACGAUACGUCGGGCGGUGCGAAUGAGUUCGACCUUAAUUUGGAUUUUGGGGACGAUGACCUUGGAAACGAAACCUUCCUUGCCGGAUCCAACAUGGACGUUACGAAUGCCGGCGUCAUGGAACAAGGGAAAGGAAAUAACCUCCCUGGCAACGAGACGACCGACUUGCCCGGAACGGAAACCCCAAACGCAAAUCUCCCAGCGGGAGGGGAUGCAUUCGACCUGGAAUUGCAGAAAGCCGAAGCAUUUUCGGGUGCCAACGGCGCCCAGGACGGGAUGUUUGGUGGUGGUACAGACGAUAUGAUUGUGCCUGGAGAAUCCAGCUUCGAUGACCUGUUCAUGGAAAGCGAGAACUUUGGAGGCGAAGGGGGUGGAGACCCCGGUUUGCUGGAAGGGGAUAGACUGAUGAACAUCAAUGAAAUUGACGAUAACUGGUUUACUUGAUUUGUGCUCUACGGACGACUGAAGACCGCAUUAGGUACAUGCAUAUCCAGGAAUUCAUACACGGCGCGUUUUCGGAGGGGCCAGCAGUGUUGAGGUUCAUCGACAUGGAAGAUCUAGUGCGGACAAGACUGUUCUGAGUCUGACGGAGCCGCCAAUCAACUCCCCACCAAAUACCCAUCCAUCCAGCAGCCCGAUUUAGGCAGAUGCCCAGGCCCCAAAGACAUAGAUUAAUGCAAGGGGCCGGCGGUACCUGAGUCCAGAAAUGACGCAAGGUAAGGAAGUGGAGCAGGCAAAGUUCUCCCGCGAAAGAGUGUAUGCGUGAAGGAGGGGAAGUUAGCUGUCAAUUUGAUACUUCAACUUUAUCCCCGAUUAACUCGAUAGAGGGCGCCUGGAAUGUCGGGGAAGGGAAUGCUGCAGCGGUCGAUCCUACCCGAGAUUGCUGUACAUGAGACCAGCGGAAGCAGACUGCAAGUGUUCUAGAAGAAAGAAGAAAAAGAAAAAGAAAACUGAAAGUUCUGCAUACUGCCUUAUAUUGGAUGCCCAAGACGGGAUGUUAGAUUAAGGGGUACAUGAAUC